AUGGUCCGUUGGUGCUCGGCGCUGCUGAGCUUGGCUCUGGCACGCUCCGCACUUGCUGCGGUCCCCAUCGGCUAUGAUCCGGGCCAGAAGACAGACAUCGUUCCAGGUGCCUAUAUUGUCGAGUUCAACAAUGGUCAAAACGACGAGUCGUCGUUCUACAGUGACCUCCAGAGCAAAGGUCUGCCGGCCUCCAAGCGGAUGACUCUGUCAUACUCGCUCUUCAAGGGCUCAUCCUUCCAGCUAGACAAGGGCAUAGACGUAGAUCCAGUCAAGACCACCAGUAGGAUCGCCAGCAUCCCAGUCGUCAAGAAGGUAUGGCCCGUCCGCAUCGUCCCUCUCCCGGACUCCAAGAUCAGACCCGCCGGGUUCGGCCACAACAACAGCACCGUCCCACCCGCACCCAGUCUAGCCCGCAGAGCGCCAGGCCAGAACGGCACCUUGUCCACCCACGUCCAGACCCAGGUCGACAAGCUCCUCGCCGCGGGCGUCACCGGCAAGGGCAUCCGCAUCGGCAUCAUCGACACGGGCGUCGACUACCGCCACCCGGCGCUGGGCGGGUGCUUCGGCCCGGGCUGCCCCGUGUCCUUCGGCACCGACCUCGUGGGCGACGACUACAACGGGUACAACACCCCUCGACCGGACCCGGACCCCUUGGACACCUGCCAGGGCCACGGGACGCACGUGGCGGGCAUCAUCGGCGCGCAGAGGGAGCGCAACGAGCUCGGGUUCUCGGGCGCGGCUCCCGGCGCCGAGCUCGGCAUGUACAAGGUGUUUGGGUGCGUGGACAACACGGCCACGGACGUCCUGGUCGCGGCCUUCAACAGGGCGUACGAGGACGGGUGCGACGUCAUCACGUGCUCCAUCGGUGGCAACUCCGGGUGGGCCGAGGACCCCUGGGCCGUGGCCGUCUCGCGCAUCGUGGCCGCCGGCGUGCCGUGCACCGUCGCGGCGGGGAACAGCGGGAGCGCGGGCCUGUUCUACGCCAGCACGGCGGCCGACGGGCGCGGCGUGACGGCGGUCGCGUCGGUGGAGAACAUCGAGAUCCCCCUCGUCCUGGUGGAGGGCAGGGCUGCGAUCGGCGAGGGCUGCGGGAACAAGACGUCGUUCGGGUGGAUGGAGGGACGGCCCAAGUUCCCCAACGUGACGCUGCCGCUGUGGGUUGUCACGCCGAAUUAUACUACGGACGGGGCGUGGAACGCGUGCAAUCCGCUGUCUGACGACACGCCUGAUCUGAAGGGCAAGAUCGUGCUCGUCGAGUACGCCAUCUGCAGCGACUGGGUUAUUGCCAAUAACCUCGUCGCCAAGGGGGCGGAGUACAUCAUGAUCUACUACAACCAAGAUAGCUUCGCCUUCUCCCCCGUCAUCGACGACCUCCCAACCCUCAAGGGCCUGGGCAUGACGACCUACCAGCAGGGCAAGGAGUGGCGCCAGCUCCUCACCUCCGGCGUCCCGAUCCUCGUCAAGAUCACCGACCCCGUCUACGCCAGGCCGAUCGCCGUCUCCUACCCCAACACCGUGGGGGACGGCGGCCUCGUAAAUUACUUCUCCAGCUGGGGCCCGACGUGGGAGGUCGGCCUCUACCCGCACUUCGCCGCCGUCGGCGGAGACGUACUGUCCACUUUCCCCUUGGACCUGGGCGCCUUCGCCGUCGCGUCGGGGACGUCGAUGGCCACGCCCCAGACGGCGGCCGUCAUGGCGCUGCUGAUGCAGCACCGCGGGAUCAGGGACCCGCAGACGCUGAUGAGCCUGCUGUCGUCGACGGCACAGGCAAAGCCCUUCAUCGACUACGACAAGCUCUGGGCCGGGCUGGCGCCCGUGCCGCAGCAGGGCGCCGGGCUGGUGCAGGCCUGGGACGCGGCCAACGCGCGCACCGUGCCGAGCCCGUCGAGCGUCUCGUUCAACGACACGGAGCACCUCGUCGGCAGCGCGACCGUCACGCUGCGCAACACUGGCGGCAAGGCCGUGACGUUCUCCGUCGGACACGUGCCGGCCUUGACCAUGUACACGUACAACACCGAGAGGCUAUACCCGGCGCCGUUCCCGAAUCCGAUCGCCGAGGGUGCCGCGGCGAAGCUGAGCUUCUCGGCCGACGUGAUCACCGUGCCGGCGGGAGGUUCGGCCGAGCUCACGAUCCGGCCUACGCCACCCGCUGGACUAGACGAGAAGAGAUUGCCGGUGUACAGCGGGUACGUCGUGCUGAACGGGACCAACGGCGAGAACUUGGCGGUGCCGUACCUCGGCGUCGCGGGCAGCAUGUACUCCGCGCCAAAGAUGCUGGACCCAGAGCGCACGUUUACAUUCCGCUACAGCAACUUGAACCUCGAUCCCAUCCCAGCGGACUCGAACUUCACGCUGCCGAUCCCGACGUCUCCGGAGCUGCCUCCCGGCACAGAGGGGAUGAACCCGCUACCGAAUCUGCCGGCGGCGGUGAUGCAGCUCGAUGCCGGCACGUCGUUGCUGAGGUGCGACAUCGUCGCGCUCGACGCUCCGGCCGGCGUGCCCACGACUGAUGUCCUCGGCGUCGAGGUCGUGGGCAGCAUCGGCGGGUUCCCUGCGGAGUGGGUGCCGCGGCGGUACUUUGUCAAGCCGUUUACGGGGAUGACGCAGGAGGGCAAGAUCCUGCCGGCUGGGAGGUAUGCGUUCCUGGUGCGAGGGCUGCGUAUCUUUGGGGACCGGGAGAAUGCGGCGGAUUAUGAUGCUCUCAAGCUGUUGCCGUUUAACAUCGAGUAUAAGAAUUGA